ACUGGUCAGGGAUACUAUUAGAGCUACAGAAAGGGUGGGUAAUGUAGCAGGAUCCUCUUGAGUCAGUGUGGGGUAGAAAUCAGGAACAGGAAAGGAGCACUGGGAGCAGAGGUUCUAUUAGGAGUAUUCUGUAGGCCCGCUGGUAGCAGCAGAGAUACCGAGGAGCAGAUUGGGAGGCAGAUUUUGGAAAGGUGCAAAAAUAACAGGGUGGUUAUCAUGGGUGACUUUAACUUCCCUAAUAUUGAUUGGCACCUGAUUAGUUCCAAUGGUUUAGACGGGGCAGAGUUUGUUAAGUGUGUCCAGGAUGGGUUCCUGUCACAGUAUGUUGACAGGCUGACUAGGAGGAAUGCCAUACUAGAUCUAGUAUUAGGUAACAAACUGGGUCAGGUCAUAGAUCUCUCAGUAGGUGAGCAUCUGGGAGACAGUGACUACCGCUCCCUGGCCUUUAACAUUAUCAUGAAAAAGGAUAGAAUCAGAGAGGACAGGAAAAUUUUUAAUUGGGGAAGGGGAAAUUAUGAGGCUAUAAGGCUAGAACUUGUGGGUGUGAAUUGGGAUGAUGUUUUUGCAGGGAAAUGUACUGUGAGCAUGUGGUUGAUGUUUAGGGAUCUCUUGCAGGAUGUUAGGGAUAAAUUUGUCCCGGUGCGGAAGAUAAAGAAUGGCAGGGUGAAGGGACCAUGGGUGACAAGUGAGUUGGAGAAUCUAGUCAGGUGCCUCUUCCCCAGGGCACCACUGCUCAAUACAAGAGGACAUGGCUUUAAGCAAGGCUGUCAAUUAUUGACCAUGUCAGAAGAAUGCAGCUAUUCUGAACUACUUUAUCGAACUGCCGUCUCCUUUUGGAGAAAGAAGCUUCAUGAUUGUAGACCCAGUGAAAAUGGAGAGACUGACAGAAUAUAGUCCAAAUGGUGUCUGUUUUGAAAAGAAACUUGGAGGUGUUGGUGGUAUUUCUAUGCACCUGCUGUUCUUGUCCUUGUAGUAGUCUGGAGAGUAACUGUGUAUUUUGUAGAUGGACCACACUGCUGCCACCUCUGAAGGAGAGAAUGAAUGAUCUCCAUUACCGCCAUCAACACAGUUACAGCACACGACUGUGCUUCGGACUCUGCUCUAACUCGUUUCAUACCUAUGAUUGUGUAGUUAAGUACAGCUACAAUGCCUUAUUUAAGUUUGCUGAUCUACAGUGGACCCCUCCUUCAAGAAAGUAGCAUGCAGCAUCAAGGGCUCCCAUCAUUUAGGCCAUACUCUCUUCUCACUGCAAUCAUCAGGCAGGAGGUCUCUCGCCAUCAGGUUCAGGAACAGUUUUUAUCCAACAAACUUCAGGCUCCUGAGGCAGUGUGGAUAAUUUCAUUCACCUCAAUAAUGAGCUAACUCCAUAACCUGUAGACUCAAUUUCAAGGAUUCUACAACUCGUGUUCUCACUAUUAUUUAGUUAUUUGUACAGUUUGUCUUUUGUGCAUUGGUUGUUGGUCUUUGUUUAUGUAUAUAAAUUCUAUUUCUUUAUUUUUCUGUAAAU